GAGUCCGCCUGGGGAUUUCGUCGCCCAUCCCACCUUGCAAGGUGAUGGCACCUCCGGCCCCGCCCGAGGAGCUGGCUCAGGGCUGGAUUGCGAUUGUACCGGGGGGCGAUGAUCAGCUCCGCAGGGAGUAUUCCGUCUCCGCUGUAGGGAAACUGGGGGUGGUCCUUGCGGAGGGCCGCCCCCCGCGCUUAGUGGUGGACUCUUCUGUCUCUGGUGUGACGUGCCACACGGCUCUGCCCAACCGGUCCUGUAACCCUACACUUACAGACGUCUUUUCGUCCAUGCCAUUGUCUGACUCACUGGAACGUCUUGUCGCUCUGGUUCUGGAUGUUGCCAAAGCUCACCGCCGCAUUCUGAUUCGCAAACAGGACCGUGGCCUUCUCUGUUUUCGCCACAAGAAUGUGCUGUACCAGUGCACUACCUUAAACUUCGGCGCUCGCGUCUCCAGUUUUUUCUGGGCCCGCGCCGCGGGAUUACUGGUGACUUUCCGCCCGUCGCUGGCCCCCCUUUACAGCGACCAGCAUGCAUUCCUGCCCACCAUGACGGCUCUGGAUCCGCAGCGUUGGAGCGAUUUCCGCUCCAAGCUCUCUCCGGACCUCCGCCUAUUGCAUCAUAUAGGCUUGGCUGCACUGCCGCCCGGGUCGCGUAUUUUGCGUAUCGGGCAGACUUACGUCUGUUCUCUGGACGAGCUUCCUCCCUUGCCCGUGGACUCCCGUCGCAUUUGGAUUCAGUCGGCAGCGCCGCACACCGGCAUCUGCAUCCUGUCUGAGGAAUCCUGUCUCGUCCUGCGCCUCUGGCUUGACUUGGCUGCUUCCGGCACCGCUUGCCGUUCUCUUAUCCGGCCUCCACGAAUUGAGUGUGAAGCUUUGCAGACGCCUGCGCCACCUCGGCCACUGCGGGACUUGGGGGCUUUGUUCGACUGUCAGAUGGACGCCAACUCUUUUUCCGGAAUACGAAUGUUUCCGUGGCUCCCAUCGCAAGCAUCGGUGCAGAGUUACAUCUCGUCUUGGGAGCUGCUCGCUCAAUGCGCACUUGUGCACCUCCUACACCUGCUUCUGGGUCCGGGACACCGCCCUGUUCACUGCAUUUUCCGCUGCGACAACGCUGCUGCGGAAUCCAGCAGCUGGAAAGGACUCUCUAUGGCCUCCGGCCUGUGUUCUAUUUUACGGUCCUUCUUCUUAUUCCAGCAACGUUGCCGCAUUUCUGUACACAUCGACCACGUUCCUGGCAUCGUGAACGAUGUGGCGGAUGCACUUUGCCGUUCCACUGACCCGGCUCAUUUGGGCUUUAAACCGCAGGAGGAGGUGCACAUCGACUGGUUGGCCUUCUGCGAUUGGCCACAGCUUAGCCUGUUUCCGGACCCCGCACAUUUUGAGGG